UCUUUUAGCUUGUGUUACCUAUGUCCGUUCAUCUUUAACACCCAAAUUGACUACAUGCAGUCGUUUUGUUGUGUCAAACUGAAAUGACGCCACACACAGCCCAGGAACAUUUAACUGCCAGUUAACACCUGUAACGUUUGAGUAGCUUUAGCUGCUAGCCUCCGCUAGCGCUGUCUUCUGACUCUGCUAACAGCUAGUUACUUGUGCUAUUAGUCUGUUUGUUUGCUCUGAUAAAACAGGAGGAGACAGCAUGGACACACAGCUGCGGAGCAAGUAACAGUUUCAUGUGUGUGGGAAGAGGUUCAACGUCAAAGUGAAUUAGCUGGGACGGCAGAGACCUUCAUCAUCUGAUUUGAGGUCAGAGUUUGACCCUGACGGCAGCCAUGCUGACCUAGAAUCAGUUUGUUUGUGCAGUGUGAGUAAUCCAGAUCCAGAAAUCAUGUCUGAGAACCAGGCCAACAACAACAACAACGUCCCCCUGAACAACAACAACAUGGGGCCCAACAGGAUCCGAAAUCCCAACAUGAACCAGAACCCCCUCAUCAACGUCAGAGACCGCCUCUUCCACGCCCUAUUCUUCAAGAUGGCCGUCACAUAUGCCCGCCUCUUCCCUCCAUCCUUCAGGAGAGUCUUCGAAUUUUUUGUCCUGCUCAAGGCACUCUUUGUCCUCUUCAUCCUUGCCUAUAUCCACAUUGCCUUCUCUCGCUCACCCAUUAACUGCCUGGAGGCGGUGAGGGAGCGGUGGCCUCGUGACGGCAUCCUGCGGGUGGAGAUCCAGAGGAACUCUAGCCGAGCCCCUGUCUUCAUGCAGUACUAUGAUUCCUCGGGCCUCCAGGAGGAGCUGGAGGCUGAGGAGGGAGGAGGAGGAGUGGGGCUGAGCUUGGCAGCACUGCAGGAGGAAGAGGAGGAUGAAGAGGAGAUGACUGUGGAGAUGUUCGACAACCGUUCAGUGCAGUUCGAGCUGGACAUGGAGCCUCGCCUGAAGCCCUCUCUGGUUGGAGGAGGAAGAGGAGUGAACGACAGCCAGGAUGUGUCCUUUAGCCAGACCACUAAAGCGUGGCCUCAGGAGGAGUACAUCGUGGAGUAUUCUUUGGAGUACGGCUUCCUGCGUCUGUCUCAGACCACCAGACAGAGACUCAACAUACCUGUCAUGGUCGUCACUCUGGAUCCCAUGAAGGACGAGUGUUUUGGUGACCGCUUCAGUCGUUUUCUGCUUGAUGAGUUUUUGGGCUACGAUGACAUCCUGAUGUCCAGUGUAAAGGCGCUGGCUGAGAAUGAGGAGAACAAAGGGUUCUUGAGGAAUGUGGUUUCUGGAGAACAUUACCGCUUCGUCAGCAUGUGGAUGGCCAGAACCUCCUACCUGGCUGCCUUCGUCAUCAUGGUCAUCUUUACUCUGUCAGUGUCCAUGCUGCUCAGAUACUCUCAUCACCAGAUCUUUGUCUUCAUUGUGGAUCUUCUUCAGAUGCUGGAGAUGAACAUGACCAUCGCAUUCCCAGCAGCCCCUCUGCUCACCGUCAUCCUGGCCCUUGUUGGUAUGGAGGCCAUCAUGUCAGAGUUCUUCAAUGACACGACAACUGCCUUCUACAUCAUCCUCAUUGUCUGGUUGGCCGAUCAGUAUGACGCCAUCUGCUGCCACACAAACACCAGCAAACGACACUGGCUGAGGUGA